CCACCUCCACGCGCGCGUGCGUCGCGGUCUCGCGAGGCUGCGGUGGGCACAACAAACAUGGCGGCGGCGGCGGGGGCGGCAGGCGGCGGCCGCGCUGAGGGACGGCGGCGGGGGAGACACCAACAAAUAGAACACAAAUUAACUUAAGCAUACCACGAGGCUGGUGACACCUGAAAUAGGGGAAGGUGGAGAGGCUGUGCUCUGUGCUUUCUGUCUGACCUGUUGGGAGCACAUUUUGCAGCAUGUUUGCUACUUAGCAGGGAACUGAAGUUCAGGCACAAGAGGUUGAAAACAUAAAUAGUGAAUAUGGGUGAAAAGAAGCCAGAACCUUUGGACUUCGUAAAAGAUUUUCAGGAGUACCUUACACAGCAGACUCACCAUGUAAAUAUGAUCUCUGGAUCAGUUAGUGCAGACAAGGAAGGAGAGACUCUUCAGGGAGCUGGGACCGAAGGUGAUCAGAAUGGUCUGGAUCAUCCUUCUGUUGAGGUUUCACUGGAUGAAAACUCAGGAAUGUUAGUGGACGGGUUUGAAAGGACGUUUGAUGGGAAGUUAAAGUGUCGAUACUGCAACUAUGCCAGCAAAGGAACAGCACGGCUCAUAGAGCAUAUCAGAAUUCAUACAGGUGAGAAGCCGCACAGAUGCCAUUUGUGUCCCUUUGCAUCAGCUUACGAACGUCAUCUGGAGGCUCACAUGCGAUCGCAUACCGGUGAAAAACCAUACAAAUGUGAAUUGUGUUCCUUUCGCUGCAGUGACAGAAGCAACUUAUCUCACCACCGCAGACGCAAACAUAAAAUGGUGCCUGUCAAGGGUGCAAGGUCUUCUCUAAGUAGCAAGAAAAUGUGGGGGGUUUUGCAGAAGAAGACCAGCAAUUUGGGGUACAGCAGAAGAGCACUAAUUAAUUUGAGUCCACCUUCCAUGGUGGUUCAGAAACCAGACUACCUUAAUGAUUUCACUCAUGAAAUCCCAAAUAUCCAGACUGAAGCAUAUGAGAGCAUGACAAAAACAACCCAGAGCAGUGGGUUGCCAAGGGAUCCACAAGACCUUAUGGUAGAUAAUCCUUUAAACCAGCUCUCUACAUUAGCUGGACAGUUAUCUAGCUUGCCACCUGAAAAUCAAAAUCCAGCUUCUCCUGACAUUGUUUCCUGUCAAGAUGAAAAGCCUUUCAUGAUACAGCAGCCUGCUGCACCUGCAGUAGUUUCAACUGUGUCAGCAAAUAUUCCUCAAAAUUCAUCUCCAACCAGCCCAGAUCCUCGGCCUACACACAAUCAAAGGAACUAUAGUCCCGUGGCAGGUCCCAGCAGUGAGCGCAGUGCCCACACCAGUACUCCCAGCAUAAGUAACAGUCAACCAAGUACUCCAGCUCCAACCCUUCCAGUUCAGGACCCUCAGCUUCUGCAUCACUGCCAACACUGUGACAUGUACUUUGCAGACAAUAUCCUUUAUACUAUUCACAUGGGAUGUCAUGGAUUUGAAAAUCCUUUUCAGUGCAACAUAUGUGGGUGUAAGUGUAAAAAUAAGUAUGACUUUGCUUGCCAUUUUGCAAGAGGCCAACAUAGUCAACAUUGACUGAGAACAUGCUUUCAUUUAGUUUUUUAACAUAUUACAAUAUAUUUUUCAUACUUGCUGAAGGAGAGCUUGCACAUUCCCAUAAGGAAUCUUCACAUUAAUCAAUUUGAAAAAUAAGGCAAAUUUAUUUCUAUGUUGUCAUAAAACUUGCCAGGGAAAUUUUGUAUAAGAUGUGAUUGUUAUUUUAUAAGCAGCCUUUCAAAAAAGCUGAGAGUGUUAUAAGAAUCAGAAUGCAUUUACAUUCUUUGGUUGCUAAAUUUAUGUUGCUUGUACUUAAUCCCAAUAAACGUUCUCCAAAUAUAGAAGCAGAGCGUGUGUCCUGAAACAUAGGAUGCAAUUAUCAGACUGUUUACUAGGCAAGACAAAAAUCUUUUAACCAUAAAUGCAAUGACACGUAUGGUUACUUUUGAGACAUACCCUUAAAAAUUUAGCUAUUCUAAACUGGAAAAACAAACAGAAGCAAUUUAAACACACAUAUUCAAUUUGAUGUAAAACUUGCUGUAAUCUGAAGGUUACUAAUAAGCUUUUGCUUAGUCUAGUCUAACUCUUCAUGCUAGGGCUCAAACACUAAUUUUAACUAUUAUUUGUAAAGCUCAUCACAAAAAGUGGAAGGUAAUGGGUUAUUGUGAAUGAAACUGGUAGGAAAAAAGAGCUAAAAGCUUGUCAUUUACAAGUUAUACAAGAGAAAAAUUAAGUAUGACACCUUAUUUUAAACUACACUUACCAAAAUUUUACAUGUAAUUCUUUAAAAAGGAGGUAAUUUUUAGCAGUCAUAAUAAAGAGCUUGUAGAACUAAUAUAUAUUCUGUGAGAUUAACUGCCUUAAACUAAUUUGUACAGAUGUUUAAAAUUUGCACAAUUAGACUUCUGUCUUGCUGAUAGAAGUUCUCUUAGAAACAAACAAGAGGUUUACAAAUCAAAAAUCAGUUUUAUCUCGGGCCAAGCUACAACUGAUAGGUUGACUGUAUGUUUGAAAGUUGUAUAAUCUAGUUUACUGUAAACUUCAGCUAACUUGGGAGUCAGUUUGUCUCGUCCCUUCCCCCCAAACUUGUUGUCCUUUGGUGUGCUAGAAAUAAGGGGAAGGGCUUCUGGGUUUUUUGAACUGUUCAUGUAGUAGACAAAGGAAUACUGUCUGACUACAUUUUGAGUCAUUGUGAUUGAGAAUCGUAGGUGGCAAAUGGUAACUGAAGAUGUAAGUGAAGUCCAUUGCACACUUUUUUUUUUUAUACUGUACAGCUUACUUUAGAAGGACUUAGGCUAGUGGACAGGCACUUUAAUAUAAACCUAAAUAAAACAUCCUAGCAAAAUUAAUAAAAGCUCUUGAUGCGUUACACAAUAAUUUGUAAUAUUUCAAAAAAGUGAAGAACUAUUACUUUUCCCAUAUUUAGACAUGCACUUUUACCUUAAUUUGUCUUAUUUCAGACAAAUUAAAGCUUCCCUUAUAUAUUCCCCCUUUACUAUCAGCAAAAUAUGGCAGCAAAUAUGUUUUGUUAAAAGCAGGAAGAUUUUAUUGUUGUGCAAGUCAGAGGUUGGAAUCUGAAUAACAAAUGUUUGGCUUAUUCAAAUUUAUAUUGUUCUGGGAGCUAAAGCUUCCUGGAGGUGAUGGAAAAAACUAACAAUGACUUCAGCAUAAGAUCCAUGCAGGAAAAAACACCCAUCUGAGAAUUUUAGCUUUAGAAAUAAUUUUGACUUUAAUAAAUUAGAAAUUUGGGAACUCAAUAUGUUUCUCUCUACCUGACUUACCUAGUGUUGGAUUUUCUGUGCUGAAGUAACCAGUUGAAGGAAAUGGAUUCUUGGCUGCACAGAGUCUUGUAGGAAUGGGGUGAAAAAUACACCAUUGAAGUAUUUCCAAUGUAGUGAAGAUGAAUGAUAACACGUUGUCGAGCCUAAAACUGUUUUUGGUUUCAGGCCUGGUUCAAAGUCUGUUUCAGUGGAUUUGUAAAACAGAAUGUAAUUUCUAUUUUUCAUGAUAGUCUUUAUAAUUCCAAAAUAUCUCUUUGUUGCUUUAUACUUUAAAAACGUGUUUUAUAAGCAAAACUGCAACUCUGUGUGCAUAAACAUAGAGAGUCCUUUAUUUUAAGGACUAAAAGUUGACUGAACGGGAAUCCAGUUGGAAGUUACUGCUCCUGAACAGGUUUUACAGCAUGGUUCUUCUAGUCAGAGAAUACUGUAGAAAUGAUAGCUCUCUUUUGAUCACAUAUUGACACAUGCGAAAAUCUAACUUUGGCUAAAAUACAAUAUUAGAAAACAGACGUUACUGCUGAAGACUGCUACAAUUAGUAAUUUAGAGAGAUAAUUUUCCUUGCCUUUUGAUGAUGCAAACUUCUAUUCCUGGGCUGUAGUGACUCCAAGGAAGCUUCUGGAAUGGUGGUGCUCCAGGGAGCGCCUUCCAGUGCUGGAUGAUGCGGAUCACAACAGCCAAGUUCUCCUUGGUUUGCAGCUCAGCCUUUCCCUCCUGGUAUUAGUAGGGAGAUUAACUCCAGUGCACGCGCUGGAGAUUUCAUCCUCUCAUUCCAUUUACACUGUUUCUGAUCCAUUAGGACGUUCACUGGCAGUGCCUGUAAACAUUAUAGACUUACUUUUUUGUGUCAGCUAAUGAUCUGGCCAUUUAGAAAAAUGACUUCUUAAUUAUGAUGCCCCUGAACAAAAUUAUAAACGGUCGCUAAUAGGUAGCAAGAGGAAGCCUGCAUGAUCCCGUUGAAAAGGGGCCCUGGUUUAGGAGGGGAUCCUCCAUUGAGGGGGAACAUAUGUUCUUAAUAAUAGAACUUGGUAUGAAAAAAAAAAACUAACUCCAAACGUUGCAAAUAGCUCUUUAGAAGUAUUUUAAUACUGAUGACUUAAUACAGUUGUUUCUGCUUUGAAGUACCUAAGGAAUGGAAACUGAGCUUGAAGAUCUAUGAACUGUUGAUCAAUGAUAAAAAUAUUUUUCCUGCUUUCCUUGUGCAAGCUCCUGUUUGCAGGGGGGAUCCGUAGGCAGCAGCAGGCCUUGGUGUUCAUCCCUUGAUUCUGCAACCAGAGCCGGGGAGUGGAUCGCUGCUAAUUCUUAAUUUUUCAACAUAAUGCUGUGUGUUCAGUUGUGCCAAACAGUACCCUGACUAUAUUUGUUUCCUUCUGUCUACUGAGUAGGUUUGGAAGGUGCAUUUUCAUAAUAGUUUUUAAUAAUUUUGUACAUACUACUUACUAUAAUUUAAAGACCAGAAUUAGUACUGGAAAAUGGUUUUAGAGUGUGAUCCUGACAAUUCCCUUGCACAAGCAGGCCUUAUUCAGAAUCAAGGAGGGAUACUUGUCAGGAAUUGUGGGAUCGAGUUCUCGGGUAGUAGGACUUCUCGUACUGAGUUCUCAAUGUGCUAUACUGCACUAAUUUGUUUGCCUUUUUUUUUUUUUUUUUAAAUAACAACAAAUCCUUGUAUUAUAAGGUGGUGAUUAGCAUUUUAACUUAUAUUAACAGGGAAAUUUGGGAAUGAGUUGAAAUUUUUCCAUAGCUUGACUCUUAAAUUCUGUAGUUGAAAAAAAAAAAAAAACCAACAAAAUAAACCCCACAACUUUGUGGGUUUUUGUCAUAGAUUAUUUUAUAGAUUUGUUGACAUUUUUAACAUGCAUUAUUUAUAGUGCUCUUAAUACAGACUUAUUUUGAGACUGAAUUUUCCAAUGAGCGUGCAAAUAUUAGACUCAAGAUCUUAGUAGAUUAUCUCAGUUAAUACUUAAACCAACUGUGAAGCAGCUAAUAGGGAAAAUUAGUUGUUUUUUCACAGAUACAUGUUUAGAUGAAGAAGAUGCUAACAUAAAACAUUGAUUGGCAUUUUAACAUAAAACUCAGUGCUGGAAGACAUGUUCCAACAGAGUUUCCUAGCAAAGUGAUCUGUUGCUAUUUGUUUUUUUUUCCAGAAUGUUUGGGGGGGUUGCUUGUUUGCUUUUUGUUUCUUUUUGACGAAGGGAAUGUAUUUAGAAGUCUUCACUGGCAAGUUUUCUAUUCAUCUUAAGCUUCUUUGAAAAUCUAUGGCAAAUGGAUGUUCUGCUGCAGGAAAUCUAUCCCCUGCUGAAGCAUUUUUCAUUGAGCAAUCUUUGUGUAUGUGCUUCUAAGUACCUGCUUUGUUAAUAAUAUGUAUUUCAGUGUAAAAAGCGUAUUUUGUAUGCAAAAAUGAAACUUGUUAGAGUUGUAAAAUAAAUUUUAUUGUGUAGUGAAUGUUUCAGAUGAUGAGUUUAAUUCUGAAAUAACUUGACUAUAUCUAGUGUAGUUCAUGUUGUGAAGCUUUGCUUUUGUAAGAUAGGAAUAAAAUAAUACUUUCUAA